AUCUCCAUGAAUCCUGCUGGUGAGGUUACCUGGGGUCAGGACGUCAGCAUCACUUGUUCCAUCUCAACUCAGCAUUUAGGUGGAACAUUCAUCCUGCAGCACACCUCAGGCUCAUUCAGAAAGACCCAAACACCAAGUACCAACUCUGCUACCUUCAUUAUACCUAAAGUGAACUUUGAUAACGAAGGAUCGUACCAGUGUCAGUAUCAGACAAGUGUUUCAAGACGAGACUUCAGCUCCCCUUUAAGUGACUCUGUCAGACUCUCUGUUACUGUGAGACUGCAGCCGCCCAGCAUCUCCCUGACGUCUCCUAACAGAGGUUCAGAGGUCACCAGGGGUGACAGCUUUGUCUUCACCUGCUCCACUUCCUCCCACUAUCCCACUGGUGUUUUCUUCCUCAUCUUCUCUGGCUCCAACAUCACUGACCCCAAGCCAGCAGUCAACCACUCAGCCUCCUUUAACUUCCCUGCUGCUGAGUACGAACACCAGGGCAACUACAGCUGUGUGUAUGAAGUCACAUGGUCUACACGGAAAUACACUUCUCCCAUGGCUGCACCAGUUAGUGUCCUCAUCAAAAUGCCUUUGUUGCCGCUGGUCUCCUCAGUAGCACGUGGGGGUCUGCUGCUGCUCCUGCUGGUCUUGGUGGUUUGUUUGGAUGUCAGGAGAAGACGACGAGCCAAGCAGCCAGAAACCCUCGUCCAAACUCAAUUGUCUGUCAGAGGCAGCAACCAUUGUGAAGAUGAUGAGAAGGAGGAGGACUAUGUGAAUGUUGAUUCAGUAUGCACCAAGGGGAAACUCAAAGAGGAAGCAGGGAGAGGGGAAGAAGAGGAGAGUGAUGAUGACCAUGAUUAUGAGGAUGCUGGCCCCAAUGCAAAUUCUAUAAAGGCCACAGUGGUCUGUUUCAGUGUAAACGACAACAGAGAAGAAGAACAAGCAGAAGAAAAAGAAGAAGAAAGCAGUGAUGAUGAACUAUGUAAAUGUAACCCAGCCAUUUGUUGAAGAAAAUAUGGACAUUUAUGGAGAAAAUGAAGAUUUAG